UUUAUGAUUACUUAUGCAAUCCUCCCAACCCUCGUUUAGUACUACUUUUCAAAUCGCUCCUUCAAUCUCCCCUACAAAACUACCACCAGAUAGGAAAGGUAGCCAAUACUGUUAGCUGUCAAGAUUCAAAUGACACCUUUCUACCUCUUUGAGUGCAUCCAUAACUUCUUGAAACACAUAAAUAUAUAUGUUUCAAUUUUUCUACAGAGCACUUUGACAUGCAAAUCUUAAGAAGUAUGAAAACCAAACUGUAGCAUCAGCCAACCUCUCAUGUAGUAAGCAUAUAUAGCAAUUUUCUUUUUUGUCGGAGCUGAUACAUGGACUCCAUCUUCUUCCUUGAAGAAGGAGACCGUGCCGACUUUCUGUUAAAGAUAAUGGAGUCCUUUGGUUGCUCUUACAUAUGCCUCUGGCAAUACUUUCAGCCUUCUAACACUUUCAUGUCCUUGGGUGGAAUCUACAACGGGGAAAAUGAUGUCGCCCAGAGGUUAUUCGAAGAAUAUAAGCAUUCAUGGCUUAGCAUGGAUAAUGGCCGCAUUCCAGGACUCGCAUUCAAGAACAAUCUCCCUUACAUGGAACUGCAGUUUACAGAUCUUCAAUCACAUGCUUCCAAUCCAGUGCAGCUUCAAUUCUAUCUGGAAGCUGGGAUCAAGACAACUAUCUGUAUGGCGUGCAGCAUAGGAGAAAUUGAGUUUGGAAUGACUUCUAGCCAUCAAGUAAACUUGGAAUUGGGGAUGAAACACUUGUUUCCCGAAUAUUUGUCAAGUCCAGCAGCGGCGGCAGCAAUAUCAGGGCUUCCUCAUCAUCAGCCAUUGCUCUCAAUGGACCAAAAUAGGCCAUCAUCAUCUUCAUCAUUCUCUCUCGAUAGCCCGGGAGAAUACUCAUCGCUUCUAUUCAAUGUUGCAAGCGCGUCGUAUGUACCAGAACCACCACGAGUGGAUGCCUUUCCCGAGAAGACCACAAGACCAGUUUCUGCCACCGCCAUGCCAUACCACCAGCAGCAAGCUAUUCAAACGACACUAACUCAAACUCAAAUCCGAGGUAUUCAAUUCCAGAGAGUAGAAACCGAAGAUGCUGCAUUGACAAGAGCGUAUCUUGCUGUCAUGACAUCUCCUUCUUCCUCCUCGUCCUCUCACCAAUCGCGAGAACAUAAUGAACCAACAGAUCAUUAUCAAAAACCCACUGCAUUCAGAAGGUUUAGAUCAGGUUUAGGUCCUAAUUAUGUUCAAAUAGCAGCCAAAACAACUCGUCGAGAAAACAUGUUGAGAAGAUCCAUUACAUUCUUCAGGAAUUUAAAUAUGAUGAGAAGGCAAGAACAAAUCCAGACGAACCCACGUGCCCCCACUAGCACUCAGGUUCAUCACAUGAUUUCAGAAAGACGAAGACGUGAAAAGCUUAACGAUAGCUUUCAACUACUUAGAUCUUUACUCCCACCUGCUACAAAGAAGGAUAAAGCAUCAGUUCUUGCCAGUACAACAGAAUACUUAAGUUCAUUGAAAGGUCAAGUGGAAGAACUUAGCAAAAAGAAUGAAAUGCUGGAAGCACAAUUAGUCAAACCUCAGAUGAGAUCCAAUGCCAUAAUUAGCUCAUGUGCAUAUGAUGGAAAUGAAAGGGUAGCUGUUGAAAUAAUAAAUGUAGGUGAAUCAACAUCAGAAUCAAGAAUAGCGGACUUGCAAGUUUCAGUAAGAGGAGAAUGCAGUGUCUUGGAUUUGGUCACUCGUUUGCUCCAAUUCUUGAAAACUGACAGCAAUCUAACCUUGGAGUCGGCAGCAGCAAACACCAGGCCCAUGGUGACUCACAUAACUUUGAGAAUUAGAAUUGAGGGAGUGCUUCUCUCAGGCUUCUAUGAACGGCUUCGCCCUCCAAAAUAGAAAAAAAGGUACUGAAUGGGACGAGUCUGCUUUCGAGGAAGCAGUGAAAAGGGUUGUUGGUGACUCGGCAUAGAGGAACUUGUCAUAAUUGGUAGGGCCAUACAAUUUGACUGGCGGCGCCUUGUAUUACGACUAUUUCUCGCAAAUUUUCUCGUCCAAUGAUUACUCUAAAUUAUACGGAGUAUCCUAAAAUUACAAUGUAUCCUAAAAUUACAAUCACGUGAUUGUGCAAUUUUGUUGCUAGUUUUACUUCUUCAUCCUUUUGAAU